CCAAAACCUUCUUCCACUGUUUGGGCCAGAUGCAAAGAGUGGACGAGCAGGUGCAAAGCUUGUCUGCCAUUGCCUGUAGCUUCCUGGUCGACGGACAUGCGCUGCACUGUUCCCCCAGCACUCGACUAGACCUCGCCCACCAUGCGCUUCGGCAGGACGCUGGAGAUAGCUCGCUAUCCCGAGUGGAAGGACCAGUACAUCGACUACGCCAAGCUCAAGAAGCUGCUCCGCGAUGACGAGAGUGCUCCCAACUCACCCACCACCGAGUCACAGCCCGACAAGUGGACCGACGACGACGAGAGCAAGUUCGUCGACGAACUGGUGAAUGUGCAGUUGGAGAAGGUCCACAAGUUCCACCGGGACACCGUCGAGAAGCUGCGGGACCGGACGGCAAAAUGCGAAUCCAAACUCGAUGCCAUUGCUGCAGCAGAACAGGGAGAGGCCUCUUCUGGAGAGGGCAACGGCGAGGGCAAUGGCAAGAAACCGGUGCCGAGUGAGGAGGAGCAGAAGAACAUGCUGCAGGAGGUGCUGAAAGAGCUGGAUCACAUCACGAAAGAGACCAACGAGCUCGAAAAGUACAGUCGGAUCAACUACACUGGUUUCCUGAAAGCCGCUAAGAAGCACGAUCGGAAACGAGGUGGCUCAUACCGUGUGCGUCCACUGUUGCAGGUGCGGCUGGCUGCCUUGCCCUUCAACAAGGAAGACUAUGGCCCCUUGCUGUUCCGCCUGAGUGCCAUGUACAGCUUUGUACGCAACAAGCUGGAAGGCGCUGAUCAGACCAACAAGGCCGGCGAAGACCAAGAGGGCCAGGAGGAGUACAUCAGCCAGAAGUUCUGGGUGCAUCCCGACAACCUGCUGGAGGUCAAGACCAUGAUCCUCCGCCGCUUGCCGGUGCUGGUCUACAACCCGCAAACCUCCAAGGUCGCCGAGGGCAGCCAGCCCGACCCCUCCAUCACCAGCAUCUACUUUGACAACUCUGCAUUCAAUCUGUACUCCAGCAAGGUCGACAACAACUCCGGCUCUUCCCUCCGUCUGCGAUGGUACGGCCAGUUGAACAACCGACCUCAAAUUUGGAUCGAGAAGAAGACCGUGACCGAAGAUGAUCGCAGCUCCGAGGCCCGUUUCUCGACAAAGGACAAAUACGUGCAGCCCUUCAUCAACGGCGAGUACCACAUGGAGAAGCAGAUCAAGAAACUGGAAGACCGUGCCGGCCCGGACAGCAACGAGGCGCAAAGUUUCAAGUCAGCUGUGGAGGAAGUGCAAGACUUCAUCAAAGAGCACGACCUCCAGCCAGUGGUGCGCGCAAACUACACACGUACAGCAUUCCAGAUCCCCGGCGAUGAUCGCGUGCGCAUCAGUCUUGACACCGACCUGGCAUUCAUCCGCGAGGACGCUAUCGACACAGACCGCCCAUGCAGAGACCCGGAGACAUGGCAUCGCACCGACAUCGACGAUAGGAAGCUCGAGUAUCCCUUCUCUUCUAUCCGAAAAGGCGAGAUCACUCGCUUCCCCUUCGCGCUUCUCGAAGUCAAGCUGCGUAACACGCAUGGCAAGAAGAGCGCUGAAUGGAUUGAAGACAUCACAAGCAGCCAUCUCGUAAAGGAAGCACCUCGUUUCAGCAAGUUCGUUCACGGUGUCAGCACGCUGUUUGAAGACUAUGUCAACACAUUCCCAUUCUGGUUGAGUCAAAUGGAGACGGACAUUCGACGUGAUCCACAGCAAGCCUUCGAAGAGGAACAAGCUAAGCGACAAAAAGACCAAGCCGAUGAGAUCGCAGUAGGCUCUUUGCUGAAAUCCAAAUACGGCAGUAGUCCUGCCCACCGAAGCGCCUCCUAUCAACGCACUCCGUCGCAAGCCGUCAUUAGUCCUGUCGGUUCUCCCGCUGCGACAGCUCUGAAGCGCACGCCGAGCGGUCAGAACACUCUCGGCAGCCCAGACGCAAACCGUGCCGUCGCAGCACCUACUCAAAUGGACGAUGUGGUAGAGGAGCCUGACGAUGACGAGACCGGCACGCAUGUGCAGAACACCCAGAAUGGCUCGUCCGGCCAGAACGGCACCUCCAGCGGACUCAAAUCCCUCUUCCCCACCUUCAGCACAAGCAAGUACGCCCAAGCCAAACGCAGCCGCGCCCAACAACUUCCUCCAGGCGUCUCGAAACCUGAUUUCUGGAUCAAAGAUCAAGGACCUGUCAAAGUCGAAGCAAAAGUCUGGCUCGCGAACCAACGUACAUUUAUCAAAUGGCAGCACGUCUCGAUCCUCCUCGCUUCUCUUUCCCUCGGACUCUUCAAUGCUGCCGGCCCCAAUAACAAGGCGGGCCAAGCGUUGGGCAUUGUCUAUACCUUGGUCGCAGUUUUCGCUGCUGCAUGGGGCUACGGAAUCUACAUGUGGAGGCAUGAUCUGAUUAAGAAGAGGAGUGGAAAGGAUUUCGACGCAGUGGCGGGACCAGUGGUGGUUUGUAUCAUGUUGAUCGUUGCAUUGUGUCUAAAUUUUGGCUUCAAGUAUCGCGCUAUUUUGGAACAACGGAGAGAGGAGCAGAAUGGUCCAAUUUAUAAUUCCACCAGCAGCUUGUUUGUACAGCAGGCUUCGGGGUUGCAUGGUGAUUUGUGAUGGAAGCUGAACAUUGGCAAAGUAAUAUCGCGCUGGCGAGAAGCUGUAUACAUAGUACAUACGGCGCGCAACGUGCUGCAGUGAAGAUCCAGCGUCUGCUCAUCUUCGCACGCUGGGAACCGGGACGAUGGUACUUGUUGAAGGAGACAUAUAAACGUGUAGAGUUAUACGAGGUAUGAGAUUCUGAUUGACACCAGCCCUGGG